GCCAAGUCAACCACCACAGUAUCAUAGCUCUUCAUCUUUAUGGCAUUUAGUUCAGCAGUAUCAUAUUUUGACCCCAGUCUCGGGCUGAUGAAUGGCAUUGCUCCCAUAAAUCCCAUGAUGGUCUGGGCCUGGUGCUCCCUUCCCUCUCUCAGGGCGUUUCAGUUGUCAGAGAAAUCACCCACUACUGGAGCUGUGCGCUGCUUCCUGCAUAUCCCAGCCAGUCUCAGAGAUGUGAUGGUAUUCAUUGGCGGAUUGCUUGAAAAUUCCACUGAGCGGCUCAUCAUGGAGCUUUCUGGACAUUGUGGGGAUGUGGCUGCCAUCAGAAGGAGCAAAAAGACCUUCAGUGACAUCAGAUUUGCUGGAGAGCGGACAAGGUUUCUCUGUGUGCACCCAGCCCUCUCUCUGUGCUCCAGCACUUCUUCACCUCAGGUGGAGGAAGAAUGA